AUGUCGCAACCGCUCUCUCCGCGGGUCAUCCACGAUGCGCUCACGCCCGCGCAGCUCGCCUCUCUGCGCGUCGGCGGCGCGGGAUGGGAGGGACGCGUCGAGGGCGUACCCGCCGCUUUCCGCCUCGGGCUUGUGGUCGGGGGGCUUGGCUCGGGCAAAAGCUCCCUCGCCCGCGUCGCUCAACGAGCGUUCGGGGUCAAGCCUCAGCCGACGGAUCCCCUCCAGUGGCCCCCCGACAGGGCGGUCGUCAGCUGCAUCGGCGCCAGUCCCGACGCGUCCGUCGCGGCGCUGCAGUCGUGCGGCCUCUCCGCGGUCCCCGCGCUCCUCAGGCCCUUCGCUGCGCUCUCGGGGGGCGAGCGAACAAAGGCCGAGCUCGCGCUCAGGGUCCACGCGCACCAAACCGUCUUCGACGACUUCGGCGCGACAUUAUCGAGGGACGCCGCGUCGUCCGCCGCGGCCGGCGUUGCCAAGCUCCUCGUCAAGUCCGACGUGGUCAAGCGAGGGCUACGAAGGCUGUUCUUCACGGUUUUCCCGGAGGUCGGGGGUCACCUCGGCGCGGACUGGGUGUUGUGCCUCGAGACCAACACCCUCGUCAUACGUCACGGCGCCGGACCCACGCUCGGCCCGGAGAUCGUCAUCGACGACUCGGACGUCGACAUCACCGCCGCACCGCCCGGGCGUCAGUCCUCGACCGACGUCAAGGAGCUCAAGACGUCGGUAAUAAAGGUCGACGACUGGGUGAAAAAAGCGUCCGAGGCGCUCGCCGUUCCUUUUGACGGUAACAGCGUCACGUCCGUCCACCGUCUCCCCUGGUCCGUCAUCGAGCGCGUCAAGUACCCGCCGGCGGACGACUCGAGGAACGACGCGAAGGAGGGAGAGACGCCGCUGCGGAUCCUGCUCGUCAGCGGCCGAAGCGGGUCCGGCAAGACGAUGGCGUGCGCAGACGCUUUCGGUCCCCGCGAAGAUUGGGCAAAAGGCGGGUUCAUCGAGUCCAUCGACGUUCGCGUCGCGAGGUUCCUGGCGCUCGGCCUCGACGAGUUCGUCAGAUGCGGACAACACGGACGCACGGUGACACAGCUGUGCGAGGCGGAUCCGAGUCAGAUGUCCACCUCCGAGGCGUACCUGGUGUCCCUCGCGGACUCCAUCGGGACCGGCGCCGUCCUCGAUGAGUUCCUCACGUCUCUGCCCCCGGCGACGCGCGCCGUGGUGGCGAGGCGCGUGGGCGCGUACGUCAGACGCGAGCGCAUCCGGGGUUUGGUGCUGCUGAGCUGCCACGGCGAGGAGAUCGCGCGUGAACUUCAGCCGGACGUCAUGUUCUCCGCGGAGACCGGCGUGGAGGUCGACGUCGACUCCGUCGACCCGGUUCUGACCCAAUCGGACACCGCCACGUGGUCCCCCGAGGACCUCAUUCGCCGCCCCACGAUCCGCCUUACCCGCCGUAAGAUCGCGGGUGGUGACAAAGGCGUCAAGGUUGACGUCAAGAAGGCCUGGUGGGCGGAGUUCUCGGCGAACCACUACCUCGGCGGCGGGGGCUUCAACGCCAACUGCCAGGCGUGGGUGUUUUUCCUGGGCGACCGCGCCGUCGCCUUCGAUUCGACCAUUCCCCAGCCCGGGAGGAGCGUCCAGAGCAUUCGGCAGCACAGGCUCGUGGUCAUGCCCGACUUUCAGGGCUUGGGCAUCGGCUCCGCGGUGACGCGAUACGACGCGGCGAAGAUUAUCACCACCCGCCGCCCCAAAACCGACGUCUACGAUGACCCCUUCACGCAACGGUACCACAGUUCCACCUAUCACACCAAGCUGGGCAAGUCGAGGGACGCGUCGCCUCUGUGGCGCGGCACGAACCUGAACGGCACGCCCAAAAAUAUGGCCGAUACGAGCAAAUCCAUCACCUCCGGCUUGAACGAAUUUCAUAAGGCGAAGGGCAAAGCGCUUGCCCCCAUCGACAGGCAGAAGUCGUCAAACGCCGUGAAGGAGCGCAAGGCUAUCGUGUACUCCCACGAGUACGUCGGGACCGCCGCCGAGCGCCAGCUGUUCCUGGAGGGGUGUGGCGAGACCUGCAAGGAGCAGAGCGAGAAGGAGAACGCGGCGUUUCUGUCCAAUCGGAAGAUCAAGGGUGGCGCCGCCCCGGCGCCGACCCCGGCUAAGCGGCAGAUGACACUCGGAUUUGCCGUUGCGAAGAAGAAGAUCCGGGAGUGA